AUGGCGCCCACCUCCUUCAAGGCCGUUUUCCCUCCCGCCCCUACAAAACGUUCGGCCGCUCGCCUGUCGGGAUAUACUGCCCUCAUCAAAAACUCAUUGACCCUGUCCACGCUCCUCGUCUUGGGAGGCCUGGCUCAGACGGUUGUAUCUUUCAUUCUGCCCCCGCGUUACGCCCUGCUGCCGGUGGUGUUUCUGCUCCUGCGCGCCGCCGUCCUCACGGCCCUGGAUACAGCCUCCGCCACGAAGUACGCCUCAAAGUUGGGUGUCAUCGCGGGACGCACCUCGGCCCAGCUGCCCAGGGACAGCUACGACCCGCUCCGCUCGGAGACGGCCUCGCCCUUCGGCUCGAUGCCCGCCGAGAAAGGCAUUGUCGUGUUCAACCUGGGGGCGCGCAUCAACCAUCCGCUGGGUCUGCUGGCGCCCGGUGCGAAGGAGUUCGCCGACCAAUUCGCUGCAUGCAAUAGCGACUUGCUGAAACGAGCCAAGGAGCUCGGGUGCCUCGGCGGGACGACGUGGCACGGAGCCCAGACGGCGUCCAACAACACGAUCAUGUCGGUCUACUACUUCCGGGAUCUGGACGGGCUGAACCGUUUUGCACAUGACCCUGUGCACCGGCAGGCGUGGGACUGGUUCACCAAUGUGAUCACGAAGAAGUGGGGGUACUCGCAUAUCGGCAUCUUCCACGAGGCGUUCUGCGCCCCCGCUGGUGCAUACGAGACCAUCUACAUCAACAUGCCGCCGGUGCUGAUGGCAGCGGGACAUGCCAGCAUCAAGAACGAGGCCACCGGGGAGGACGAGUGGGUUCCGACCAUGGUCGAGGCGACAGGCUCUGUGUGGCGUAGCCAGUUUUCGCGGAUGGGGAAGGCAGUCGGGCGGGAGGCGAAGGCUUAG